UGAGGAGGAAGUCAGUGGCCCUUUGGGCGGGUGUUGUGCUGGCUCUGUCAGCCGAGCAUGGCCCCGGCUGCAGGACAACCCCGCUGCCGCCGCCGUCCUGCCAGGGCCGGAGUUGGGGGGAUGUCCUUGGCCUUCCCUGUGGGCCGGAGGCAAAUCCCCUCCCUGUCCUUCUUGCUUCCUGCCCCAGGCCCCGAGCUGAGGGCGGAGAGCCCGGAGGACAAAUCCCCCCGUGAGACCCUGGUGGGAGAGGCUGUUUUGAAGGGCUCCCCGGCGCAGGAAGGCAGUGGGGAGGAAAAGGGCCGGAGAUCCCCCUGCAGGAGGGGCUCCAAAGCCAUCCCAGGGUGCUCUGAGGAGGAAAGAGCCAGCCUGUGCCGGGAAGGCGGCCAGAGCUUGAGGGGGAGCUCUGAGCUGGUGGUCCCUGAGCUACCUCCCAGCAGGGAGAAGCCCUUCAGGUGCUUGGAAUGUGGGAAGAGCUUCAGGAGGAGCACCCAACUCCUUAGCCACCAGCACAUCCACACUGGGGAGAGGCCCUACACAUGUAAGGAAUGUGGGAGUAGCUUCAGGCACAGCUCCAACCUGAUCCGACACCAGCGCAUCCACAGCGGGGAACGGCCCUAUGCAUGUGGGGAAUGUGGGAAGAGCUUCAGGCGGAGCUCCAGCCUGAUUAAACACCAGCAUAUCCACACUGGGGAACAUCCCUACACGUGUAAGGAAUGUGGGAAGAGCUUCAGUGACAGAGCCAGCCGCUGCAAACACCAGCGCAUCCACACCAGGGAACAACUCUACACAUGUGGGGAAUGUGGGAAGAGCUUUAGCCAGACCUCCCACCUUCACACCCACCAGCGUAUCCACACUGGGGAGAGGCCCUACAAGUGCCUGGAAUGUGGGAAGAGGUUUCGGACCAACUGGAAUCUCCUCCUGCAUGAGCGGACGCACACGGAUGAGAGGCCCUUCCGCUGCACCGACUGCGGGAAGGGCUUCAACCGGAACUCCACCCUCGUCACCCACUGGCGCAUCCACACUGGGGAGAGGCCCUACAAGUGUGGGGAGUGUGGGAAGAGCUUCACCCACAAGUCUGCCCUAAUCAGUCACCAGCGCCUCCACACUGGGGAACGGCCUUACAAAUGCUUGGAAUGUGGGAAGAGCUUCACCCACAGCUCUCACUUGACCAGACACGAACGGACCCACCACUAAGUGAAGCCCUACCAGUGCCCUGACUG